GUAGGUGGACUUCGCUGUCAGUGUAGAUACUUACUGUGUAUAUACUGUCAUCAAGGUACAGAAGUGCUCAAGAUGGAACAACUGUGUCUUCUCAUCUGGAUAAUAACUGGCAUCUUGCUAAGUCUUACUUUAUUUACAGAUUGCCUGAGGUGCCCACAAUAUCCGCCCAGUACUGCCAGCGUGAAUGAGACAGACCCGCCUGUACACUUUCUGGCAAACCUGACUUAUGACCCUGUGCUCAUCUGGAAAGUUGAACUGAGCAGUAAACCGGCACCACCUGCGCCCUCUGACCCUGGGCUCAGGAACUGGACCGUACAAGAAGCAGUGUUAAUUCAUCUUGAUGCCGGUCGAGUGAAUCUCGUUCUGAACCAAACCCUGGACCUUGAAUACAUAUACGACAGAUGGGGCUACAAGAUGUUCUUGGUACAGCUCGCUUUAAAGUGCUUAGAACCAGGUCUCCCCGAUGUAUCAUACGAAUUUUUCUUGACUGUUGAACCCGUCAACGAGUUUUAUCCUGAAUUCCUGGGAGACCCUUUCGUCCUCUACAUACCGGAGAACACGUCUGUGGACACAACGGUUAUCACCCUGAAGAACAAUGCGACAGACCGCGAUGUGGUCGUCAGAGACGCCGGAGACAUCUUCAGUUUUACCAUGGUCGUUUCCCAGCCUAACAGUAUUGUAGAUGGAGGAACUCUGUUUACGAUGAAAUAUUCUAUAAAUGGCACUAUAGUUGUCAAAUCGACUUUGGACUUUGAGAGAUUUCCGGCUGGAAGCUCAGCGUCUGUCGUGUUCAACGUCAGCGCCAGGGACCAAGGUGGAUUGACUAAUCAGACAACUCUUACCAUUCACAUCCUGGAUUCGGAUGAUCUUCCGCCGGUAUUUUACUAUCCCGGAUGUACUGGCGGAUGUAGCGUUGGCAGCUACAAGGCUUCUAUCACUAGCACACAAACGGGGGUGGUGACCAACAUUUCGCCUGGAAACAUCACUGCCAGAGACGGCGAUACCUUGGGUUUCGCUGUGUCUUACUCCAUCAAGCACGAUUUGUCAACCCAGCGUUAUACGAACAACUUGCACAUUAACAGCUCCACUGGUGAAUUCUCCAUUAUCAAGCCUCUGGGUGUCGUGAACGAUUCCGAAAUCCUUUUGACCAUAGAGGCCACGGAGAUAUCACAUCAGAGUCGUUCGUCAAUAAAGUCACUGCUUCUCAAAAUUCCCGACAAUUCCGUGCCCUUAAACACAACACCAACACCAGAAAAACCGACAAAUGGCGACAAGGAGGAGAACACGGUGAUCAUCAUCGUCAUCGUGCUGGCGGUGGUGGUGGCUGUCGUUUUAGUCGCACUUGUCGUUCUCACGGUCCUCGUGAGGAAGUUUAGUAAGAAGGCCAUCCAUCCCAAAGAGAAACAGCCUCAGGACACUGGCAGUGAGGGCAGCCAGGAUGUGUUGACCAAGCAAGGCGACAUCAACAGCACAGACAGUGGCCAGAUGUUCGCCUCGACCGCCGCACUUCACAUGAUAUCUAACGGAAGUGUUGCCCCGGAACAGUCCAAGCUGCUGCGCGGUGGCAGGAAGUGGCGUCGCCGUGGCAGUACGUCCAGCCCAAGAUCAGAGAACUCAGGAGGUGAUGACAACACGGCAGACGAUCGUACCUCGUCCACCAGCCGACUAUACGACAGCGGCACUAUUUCUUCCGUCGGCUUCCAGAACGAAAGUCUGUACGACACCCCGACAUUCGCCAACGGCUUCGCACAGACGGGAGAGCUUGAUGACGAGCGUUAUGUCCCUUUCCCCGCCAUCCACCUCCCUGGACAGAACCAGGACAAGAAGAGCCAUCGACGUUCUCGUAAACAGAAGAAGCUGGAACAGGCGCAGAGGAUUAAAGAAGAAGAGUUUGACGGUACCAAGUCCUAUCCAAUGGACGCUGACCCCACCUUCUUCACCGAGGCGAAAAAGACAAAGGUCAAACUGUCGACGCGGCGUAAACCCAACACGGGACUGGACCCGAAGUUCUGGCUGACCGUCGACAACGAUUUCAUGGACUAACGGGUCACUGGACUCGUGACUGCGCAUCAGGAACUUUUGGUCCUCUCUAUAUCAAUCAGUCUUCUGUACAACUGAGUCACUGAGCCAACAACCCGACAGGAGUUCUGAACAUCAAAAGUUGGUCCCCAAUGUCGUUUCACUCUUUCAGACGCACGUGUGACACGUGUAUCAUCUUUCUGUCUUCAUGGACAGUGUGAAAUCACUUCGGUGGCCCCUGGGCGUACAGCACGGGACAGAGACCAUGGUGUGGCAGUUAGGAUCUGUACAUCUUGUGCCCAAAAAUUCUUUAUGUGUCCUCCACUCAACAUAAACACGUUGCCCAAGAUUUUAUAACUUUGAGAAAGAGAUAGAGACAGAUAAGCAAGAGAGAGAGAGACAAAGAGAAGCUACAAAAUACAUUUACUAGCCUUCUGUGAUAUGAAAAACGUUUCAGUCCAUGUUCAUCAAUUCUGCGAGUAGUGUCGAACAAUAUCGUCUCAAUAGAGAGUCCGUCCAUUUAUACUAGAUAUACUAUACUAGAUAUUUUAUUUGGAAUUGUCUUUAGAUUGCCACGAAGCGCAUAUAACACUCCAAACAAAUUUGAAAUUUUUGUGAUAUAAUAAAGGUUUUUUCUUCCUUAUCA